CUAAACUUUCGUCUUCUUGGUAUCUUAAGCUUUCAUCUACAACCUUGUUCGCAUCAUGGAGGAAGUUUAUUGAGACAUGGAAAUGAUGCGCUCUUGCUGCUUGUGUGUGGCUGUUUGCUUAAACAAACCACGCCACACUUCUCGCUUUAGGAUUUCUCCCUAACAUGGAACACCCCUAAAUCCUGACGAAUCUUCCUAAGACAUCACGAUAGUUGUGCAUCGAUCCUUUAUCUUGUAAAAUGCCAAGACAAACCAUUACUCAAUCGUCGUGGUACGAUAAUGCCAGGCGACUCAAGGACCCGAAACCUCGUUUGGAGUGGGACGAAGUCACAGAGUGGGAGGAGGCGAAUCUCUGCAACAAGAUAACCAUCUUCGACUUGCCCCUCGAGUGCCCAUUUCCUCUCACCAACAGACGAAAUGCUUGUGCCCUGAUCGAAAAUUUCCUAGACGCCGUCAGAUACCACAGGGAACUAUUUCCCUACUGGCGCAGGCGCGCCAUCAAGUACUUUAUCUGGCGUGAAUGGUUCGUCAUCAGGAACAACGAUGAGUGGAAAGAUUACAGGAGCCACCCCCUAUUCAAGAAUCGUGACGCACUCAGGGCUUUGGCGAAGAAGCAAUUUCAGAACGCAAUGGGGCUUGCAUCUGGUUUGUUGUUCGUCCUCCACGGACUCUACACCAACGACUGGGAACUCGAGUUCCUGUUGAAGGGGCAGCAGAAACUCAUCGAUACAUACAACAUGUGUGAUGUCAAUAUGACGCUGUGGAACAGGGAAAAAAUGCUCGACAUCCUGUUCAUUGAGUGCCAAUGGCUCAAGGACACGCUCCUCGAAGCGCACAUGAAGGAGAAGAAGGAGAUAGAUGAAGAGUGGGAGCACAGACAAACAAAGACACUCGAAGAAAUGGAGGUUUUUAUCGAUGAGACACCAGAGCUUAUGGAUGAGGAUGAAGAUGAUGAUAAUGCUCAAGGAAACGCUCAAAACAAUGCUCAAAACAAUGCUCAAAACAAUGCUCAAAACAAUGCUCAAAACAACGCUCAAGGGAUCACUCAAGGUAUCACUCAGAAUAAUACUCAAAAUAACACACGAGGUAUCGAUCAAGGCAACGCUCAAGACAUCAAUCCAUGGGAUGUUCCUAUCACCAUGUGUAUGAAUCAAUGGGACGAUCAAAGUUUCGCACAGCAAUUCGAGCAAAGGCUUCGAAGGCAGGAAAAGGAUCUCCGUCAAUGGGACGCUCAAUGUUAUGCCCAGGGUCUCAAUGAAAGUCUGGUUCACAGUAUGGCUCAAAUUCUCAAAUUCGAGGUAGAGGACGCUCAGUAUUUCGCUCAACGUCGCGCUCAGGAUGUCAACCAAAGGAAAGCUCGAAGUAUUGCUCAAGAAAGGGCUCAGCAACACCGCAAUCGACGUCAGGCUCGAAUUCGCGCUCAAAUCCGAGCCGAACGUCGCGCUCAGGGUCGAACUCAGGGUCGCACUCAAGACAAGGCUCGAGGUAUUGCUCAAAACAACACUCAACGUAUUGUUCAGUAUUUCGAUCGGGACACCUCCCAAAAUAUCAUUCAGAGUCUCCCCCGGGGAAACACUAAAAAAAGUGUUAAAGCUUUCAUGGAAGGUGUCUAUCAAGAGCUUGCUCGAGGUAUCGCCCAAGACAAGGCUCAACAACGUCGCACUCAACGUCGCGCUCAUCGCACCGUACAGGAGAACAUUCGAGAGACCACUCAAAAUACCGCCAAGGAGAAUGGUCAAGAAGGAACUCAGAACAACCUCCAAGAUUCCACUGCAACAGCUCGUCAUCAUCAACGAACAGACUCGCAGGCUCCUGAAGAGCCAGUCAAUACUGCUGUCCCACCUAUACACCCACGUCCUGCCCUUCCAGCGAGGCCAGUCGACGAUGAUGAGGAUAUAUAUGGCUAUAGCGGGGGCGAGGAUGGCAAUACUAAAAAGAAAUAGUGAAGCUGCCGUUGAGGUUUCUGCUCCAUGAGAAAGCCCGUCCUUGGAGUAACUUUUGCAAGGCAGUCUUGGUUAUAUGGCUGAUGCAGAGGACCUAGGAGCUCUCGAGGAUUACAUAUGGCGCUAAAGUCAAUGUCAAGCAAUAUGCUUAGUCGAGUGUUGGGAAGGUUAUUGAUAGCAAUAGGAAGGGUAGGCGAAUGCCGACGAGACUGGUAAGGGCAAUGCUGAAUGCAGGUACAGCGAAGGAGGAUUCGAGUAUGAGAACAAGAUUGCGUUAAGUUGGGGGUAAGAUUGGCAGGAACCCUAAUAUUCAGAGGCAUAACUACUGGGCCUCAUUAUAUCAGCUUUUAACUACGUAGGGUCCAUGUGUUAGA